CGUGUUUCAAUUGCUUCUCACCUCGUCCGGAUCAUCUGCGACAUAUAUUACACUCCCAAGCUGCACGCCUGACACAUCCCGGUUGCUGGUCUACCGGUUGUCUCUUCCACAGCUAGUCAUUCACUCGAGCAUAUACCGCCCUCUCCCCAAACGCCAUCGCCUGCAGUUGUGCAACAGCUGCCAACAUACAAACUGGCUCACGUCCCCCAAGAGCUCCAGGCACCUGAUCGCAGGAGCUACAGCAGGAUGUCGGACAUUGAGAAGAUGAUCGGUGGCGAUUACGCCCAGCUCACCAACACAAAUAUCCGAAGCUUCGGCUGGAAGGGCGUCACAGUCACAGUCAAGGACCGUCAGACGCAACAGCCCAAGACUAUUCUUUCCGACAUCAAUGGAUUGGUCAAGUCUGGCGAGCUUCUCGCCUUGAUGGGUCCUUCCGGUUCCGGAAAGUCCACCUUGUUGAACGUUCUUGCGCACCGCACUCAGGCCUUAAACGCCGACGUCAAGGCCGCCGUUUACAUCAACGGUUCAGCCGCCAACCCAAAGACCUUCCGUCGCAUUUCCGCCUACGUCGAACAGGAAGAUGCGCUCGUCGGUUCGCUCACAGUCCGUGAGACUCUCAACUUCGCCGCUCGCCUUUCGCUUCCCAGCUCAGUCAGCAAGCUUGAGCGCAUUCAGCGUAUCGAGGCUCUGCUCACUGCUUUCGGUCUGCAAGGCCAGUCGAACAACUUGAUCGGUACUCCCAUCCGAAAGGGUAUCUCUGGUGGUCAGAAACGCCGUGUUAGUGUCGCAGCGCAGCUGAUCACCAGCCCCAAGCUCCUCUUCCUCGACGAGCCUACAUCCGGUCUAGACUCUGCUGCCUCUUUCGAGGUCAUCUCUUUCGUCAAGGACAUCGCGAAGAAGCACAACCUCAUUGUGAUUGCGUCUAUCCAUCAGCCUUCAACCUCCACAUUCGCCAUGUUCGACAAGCUGCUGUUAUUGUCUCAGGGUGGUACCGCAUACAGCGGUCCCGUCUCUGAAGUUCAGCCAUACUUCGAUGCCUGCGGUUUCCCCAUUCCGCUUUACAUGAACCCUGCCGAAUUCAUCAUCGACUUUGUCAACACCGAUUUUGCGCGCGACCGCAGCGAAGUCGACCAGCAACUUAACAUGGUUCACUCAUCAUGGCACAAGUCCCGCCUUGCGAACAUCACCGUCAACGAGCUCACCGACGAGAUGGCCCGAAACUCGAUGGACACCGACAUGAACCCCGAGCAAAAGGAGGAGAGCGCUGGUGUCUUUGCCAUUCCUCUCGCCCUUAUCCACCGCUCCUUCAUCAAGUCGUACCGUGACAUCAUCGCCUACGGUAUCCGUAUCGCCAUGUACAUGGGUCUUGCCGUCAUGAUGGGUACCAUCUGGCUUCGCCUUGAGCCCAAGCAGGAGAACAUCCAGUCAUUCAUCAACGCCAUCUUCUUCGGUGGUGCUUUCAUGUCCUUCAUGGCUGUCGCCUACAUUCCCGCCUACCUUGAAGAUCGUGCACUGUUCGUCAAGGAGCGUGCCAACGGUCUUUACGGCCCGACGUCGUUCAUCCUCGCCAACUUCAUCACCGGUAUUCCAUACCUCUUCCUCAUCGCGAUGCUCUUCUCCGUCGUUGCGUACUGGUUGUCCAACUUCCGACCCACCGCUGAAGCUUUCUUCACCUGGGUCAUGUGGCUCUUCCUGGACUUGAUCGCUGCCGAGUCACUCGUCGUGCUGAUCAGCUCUUUGAUUCCGAUUUUCGUCGUCGCUCUGGCUGGUACUGCCUUUGCCAACGGUCUCUGGAUGUGCACGGGUGGUUUCCUCGUACCCCCGCAGACCCUGAACCCCUUCUGGCGCUACGUCUUCCACUACAUCGACUACCAGUCAUACGUCUUCCAGGGCAUGAUGGUCAACGAGUUUGGCUACCGCAACUUCACCUGCCCGACCGUCCAAGGUCAAUGCUCGUGUAUGUACCCGUCCGCCCUUGCCGACCAAUGCCUGAUUGAAGGCAAGGCUGUGCUUGAAAAUUACGGCUACUCGGUCGGCGAGACCGGCAAGUGGGUCGCCAUCAUGGUCGGCAUCAUUGUCGGCUACCGAUUCCUGGGUUGGUUGACCCUCUACCUCCGCAAGACCUAGGGGACGCAUGCGUCCACCAGCCUUGUUGAUCUUCUUUUUUUUUGCUUUCCUCGCGUGCCGGUGAUGGGAAACGGGAAAUCAUGCGUAUGUCGUUCUCUGUGUCGUUGAGUUGUGUGUGUAUCCACCGGAGGAACAAUGUCUGUGUAUUUCUUCUUCUUCUUUCUACUU